CUUGAAAGGAAGAGAGGUCACCUGCUCAGGGAUCGCAGUCAUGUCGGACCACUGGCGCACUAUCAGCGAGGAACACAGGCCUCAUGCACCCUCUCGCUGGUCACAAGGAAGGAAGCGAUGCUCAGACGGAAAACUGAGACGUCACGAUGAUACAGAUUCCACAGUUUUUGAUACUAAGCCUUCCGAAGAACCUCAAGCGAGGCCUGACAGCUUUACAACCCCUGAAAGUCAUAAGCCAGUGGCAAGAUGCAAAGACUGGGGCAGUGCAGUGGAAGAAGAUGAGCAGCUGAGGGAAAAAGUUGACCAAGACAUAGCUCGAUACAGGAGGAAACUUCUGAUUAAUGAAUUUGGCAGAAGAGAAAGGAGAUCAUCGUCUGGAAGUUCUGAUUCAAAGGAUUCAUCUACACAUGGAGAGAUGGAAACUGACCCAGCUGUAAUUACAAGAAGACAGAAGCAGAUUAACUAUGGAAAAAAUACGAUUGCAUAUGAUCGAUACAUUAAGGCAGUGCCAAGACAUCUUCGAGAGCCUAAUGUUCAUCCUAGAACUCCCAAUAAGUUCAAAAAAUACAGCCGCAGAUCUUGGGACCAGCAAAUCAGGCUGUGGAGAAUUGCUCUACAUCAGUGGGACCCUCCUGCAGCGGAAGGCAGUGACUUGCAGCCUUUUAUGGAAGAAGAUAUGGUCUGCACAGAAACAAGUUCUCAAGAGAACCUAUUCACAGGCACUCCUACUAAGGUCCGGAAAGUUGAAGCAGACGAUGCCUUUGAUCUGGAACCCUGCUUUAUUGAGGAGGAAUUGCUUAGUUAACGCACAGUCCUUUACCAGAAGCAAGGGCCUGGGAUUUGUAUUUUUUUCAUCAUAUGCCCUGUUUACACCUAACAGCAGAAACUAAAUCUUCACACCCAGGUCCACUCUUGUGCAGCUAUACGAUGUAAGAUUUCAUGAAGUAACCAGACUGCCUUACCCAAUGCAGAGCUUUUGGUGCUGGUAAAGGUCUGCUAGGUGGAGUUCUUCAAAGCACUUGAUAUUGGAGCAGCGGAGCUGUAUCUGCAUAUCUCCACCUACUCUCCAACCAAACAGAUGGUGGUUUGCCUAACCGGCUUUAUAAAAUGUAAAUACCUAUAACUGGUUGAAGAUGUCUUCUGCACUGUUUGCUUUGUGUGAAUUGCCAGCAAUUUUGGCACGGUAUAAGCCUUUUUCUUUUGACUUGUUUUGAUCCUUGAUUUUGUUUGCUUUGCAUGCUAUACAUUAUGAAAGUUGAUCACCCAUAGUACCAAGUAUAUCAAUUAUAGCUCCAUGGGGCAUAUUUACUUCUUUGUAGAUGUUGCCCAUGGCAAUCAAUCGGCAAUUUAAACAGCCACUUAUAAGUUAGAAAACAAACAUAUACCUGGUUGCUAUGGGCAACAUCUCCAGAAAUCUCCACAUAUUUAUCUCCAAUGUUGGAAAACGUGCCCACGUAGUUGAAAUGUGUAGUCGGAAAGAUGCUACUUUUCUGCUGCGGUAUUUCUAUAGGUCCAACAGUCUUACAAUGAACUGCUGUUUUCUGUUUAUAGAUGUUUGUGUUAAUCUUGCAUAGGCUUUGAUAUCUAAUGAUUAGGGGCUGAAAGGAUUUACCCAUGGGUGUAUUGUGGCUUCAAGCUCAGAUUCUGUUUUUCACCACAGUUCAUUGAAGAAGCAGGUAUAUUUGGCUAGUGAGCUUAUGGCCCUCUUCAUGGUGACUGUCACCUGCUUAAACUGCAGAAAGAAUGAUGCUCUAUUUAGCAUCUGGAACAUCCAGCAUGUGUUUUUAAAGUCACGAGCUAAACAUUCUGAAGAUCGUGCCUCCUAAUUUUCUACCAUGAUGCACUGUGGUGUUUGAGUAAUUGAAGCGGAGCCUGUGAGUAGUGAAAGCAAACUUUAUCAAGGGUAGGACUAAAGACAUUUUCGUCGCGAUCCGACAAAUCGUAUGUAACAAAAAUAAGGUAAGUGAAUGCAUUGUCGUAUUGUGUUGCAGCGUUGAUCCGAUGCGACACGACUUUUGGAUGCAGAAGAUGAGUGCAUCCGACAGUCGUGUCUGAUCAACGCUGCAACACAAUACGACAAUGCAUUCACGGUAAAACGUAUUUUUGUCGGAUCCCGACGAUAUGUCCAUGUAGUCCUACCCUAAAGCUCUUGCCACUUGGGAGUAUUUUUAAAUAAUGCAGCAGUACCAUUGCCAGCUCCUGGGGAUUGUUUGUUUAUUCUAUGCCCCUUUUUUUCUCAAAGCUCUACAUUGUUAGUGAUGCAGCAUUUUGAAAAUGUAGGCUGCAGUGCCUACAUACAUAGGGAGGUGGAUGGGGCCCAGCGAUCAGAUAAUAAAAAUACAGACGGUCUGAUCAAGGGCCACAUCAACAAACGGAAUUUUCAAACCUGCCUGAUCGACAUGCCAGAUAUUGCUGAGGGAAGCCUGUCUGAGGGCCCCAUAAACUGCCCAAUAAACUGCCAACUUAAUCUGUCAGCGGCUUAUAUUUGCCUGUGUAUGGUGGCCUAAAAGGCUGUUAACAUAAAAAAAAAUUUUGGUUUCUACAUAACACAAAAAACAUCCACGAUACAUUUAAAGUUUUUAUUAAGAAAUGGCUUACAGAUACUCUGCUUGCGCUCCUCUUCAUAAAAGGUGACAGGGAGAUGAUCUAUUGUUACUGGUCCUUUAAGGAGAAGUGGUUGUGCACAUCAUUCUGUAGCCAGUCGGGUUUUGUUUUUUGCUGUAUUUUAAAAUUAUCAAAUGGUUGUGUACUUGUACUUUAUCUUCAAUUUUUCUAUUUGAAAUACUUGUUUGGUUCAGCUCUAAAAAACGCUUUUUUUUUUCCCCCAACAUGAAUUUUUUUUUUUUUGUGUUUAGGUUGCUUUUGAGUUGAAAUGUGGCCUAAAUCUGCUUUCUUGCAGGGUCAGAGGUCUAAGUAUCUAUAAAAAUGCAGUUGUCCCUCAAAUUAGCAGAUUCUGUUGGGCUGCAAACUGCUCGGUCACUUUAAUGGCAAGUUCUGACCCAAACAUAUCAAACUUGCAUUCAGGAUAUCCUCUUCCCUAUAUUCUAACUAAAGAAAUGACUGGUAUCUUUUGACUCUUCAACAUUUAUUGGCUUGUCAUUCUCCAUACCACUAGCAUUUCAGUGUCCCUUAUUUUUAUUUUUCAAGGAAAGUUAAAUUGACUAGAAUACUUAAAUCUGCCUUAACAGGGGCAUGUUAACAGUUAGGGAUACUUAACACCUCUUUGGCUUUUCUUGCUAAACAUCUCUGGAGCAACUUAUUGUUUGGGAAGAACAUGAAUAGACCAUGGUCAGCCAGAACACCUACAGUCAUCAGUGGGGAGUUCUUAUUGUUCUGAAAUUGAAAUAUCAUGGACGGCUCUUGUAAGUUCAGACUAAAUGCUGGAGUUGGGUGAAUGGAAUUUGAGGUGUUGCGUUUGAGUGUGUUAUCUGUAUUGUGGGGAAGACUUUGCUUUCGGGAUGAUCUGUUCGUCAUUUCGAAGGCUUUAAUCGCCGGCGAUUAUCCAUUGACUGCAUUUAGUGUAGUCUCUUAGAUUUUGUUUUAGUUUUUCUCUGCCAGUGUUAUUCAGUUGGCAGAGGAACCUUUACAUCGUGAAUGUUGUACUGAAGUACUUGUGUUGCAGAGUUCAGUGCUCUAGCAUUUAGUCUAAGUAAAAUGUGGCGGAUACUACUAAAGCCAUGCAGCAGACUGUACUCUCAUAGGACUGGAUGACACUUGCAUGUUUUAUUGCUUGUUGUUCUCAUGAACCACUUCUGGAAGUCCUUCUGUAGUCAGACUUGCAGGAACAGCAUCCCAAACGUGUGUGCAUUACCAGUGAUGUUGCUUAUAGCAACCAAUCAGAUCUUUGGUUUUGUUUUCCAAACUGUUGAAAUCUUGUUUGGUUGAUAUGGACGCCAUUACUGGUAAUGCUUCACUCCACUUUUUACUCCGCAUGAUAAAUAGGCCUCUUAACGUUGCUUCAGGGUGGUGGCACACGCUGUGAUUCAGGGAGAUUAGUCGCCCACCUCGGCUUUCCAAAGUCGCCCGAAGUUUCCUCGUGAGACAACUUUGGGCGAAAACAAAGCGAUCCAAGUGCCAUCCCGCCGGUGAUUCACAUUCUAGCCAACGGGAAGACAUUUCAGGUAGAUUAGUUGCCUGAAGAGGCUGACAAUAUCCAAGUCUUCUUGGAUAUUGCGUCUAUGGGCACCUUAAGACUAGAGCCUUAUUUGUUGCAUGAUGGAACAAGUGAAAGUUAUUGUGGCUAUUUUAACUGUAUUACCCAAAUGGGCUGACUGGCAGGAUUCCGGAUCAUCUAGUUCAACUCAGCAGCACCUUUUAAAUCAUAUAGAAAUGUCCCCUUAUGAAUUAAGCUCCUUGUUUUUAUUCAAUCCCAGUAACGAAUAGAAUACAUAAAUGCCCUACAUGGUUUAGUUCAUGCCUCCUUUAUAAACGGUGUACAAAUUUGUUUUGCAUCUUGAAAUGUAAAUAUUUGCGACAUUGCCUGUAUAAAGCCGUAAUGUAACAUUUUGCAAGUUACUUUUUUAAAACUGUAAUGCUCUUUAUGUACAAAUUUUGUAAAUGUUGCUUUUGUACAUGCAGUUGUACGCUCUGCUCAUGUUUAUUUACAAAUUCAUCUGUAAUGAACUGUUUUGAUAAAUAAAAACAAUUGCUGUCCAUUUUUCUUAA